AUGGCGUCGAAGCAUGGCUCGCGGGAGAGGGCGGCGGUGCUGGCGCGAGCAGCGAUCGAGAAGACAAAGAGGAACGACAAGGUCAGAAGCCUCGUGUCAGACCUCCAGAGUGAAGGAGGGCCCGGGGCGAAGAGAGCUUCCAUCAGCGGUCAGUCGGCGACUUCCUUCCCGGAGGAGACGGCGGCGAAGAAAGGUCUGGAGAUGGGGAAGGCGUUCUGGUUGAUCAAGAAGAUGGAGGAGCUGGAGACUGUGGUGAAAGCCAUCGAGAACUUGCCUAAAGUGAACCCCAACAACUUCAUGAGGUACCAGACUUUCAGCAUCAACCUGCUCCUCCAGGAGUCGAGAGUGAAAGUGGAUCGGAGGAGGCGAGCGAACUUCGGUCUCCAUCUUCUGUUGUUCUUCGCCAUCUACACUGCCACAGUCGUCCUGCAGAAGAAUGGGUACAGGAGCGAGAAAGCCACUGAAGCCCUGAUCAAUUACUUCGCUUCUUCACAAUUCUCCGACACCACAUCGAGCGGACUCGAUUGGCCCGACAUGAAGUACAACCCCAACGUCACAGGGUGCGUGCAGGAAACCUGUUCGACCCCCACAUACGAGCUCAAAGGCUUCCUGGACAUCGCGACAAUCCCGGACUUGUUCAGCUGGAUGCAGAUACAACUGGUCGGAAACUUCUACGUUGACAGCUGGUCGAAUGGCGAUGCGAUGACGACAAGGGAAAUGAACACGGUAGUUCAGAGAAUGCGGCCGAUCCACGGACCUCGGGCCUCGCAGAUGUUGGAGGUUCUCAAGGGCGACUUGUGGGUUGACGUCUCGACCCAGUGGAUGCGCAUUGACAUCAACAUGAUGAAUCCUGACGAGAACUUGUUCGUCGGUGUGCAGGCGAUGCCGAUUUCUUACUACAACUUCAAACAAAGCCAAGACAUCGUACGAGCUGUCCUCGAGCUCAUCACUAUCCUGAUCUGGGCCUUUCAUUUCUUCCGCAUGUCUCUGAAUGUCGUCGCUUCCUUCCGCGACCGGCACCUGAGCUCCUUCAUCAAGCAGUACAGCUCGAGACGGGAGGGAGAUCUCCUCUAUGAGUUUCAAAUCGUCUUCUUCAUCGUCCUCUUCGCUCUCUGGCUCAGCAUCAUCAACAACCCACUGAGAAAAGGGAUUCAGGUCACCCCUGAGCUGCUGACGUGGGAGGGGCGCGAGGUCUUCCUCAUGGACACGAGCAUCGUCGCUCGAGCCUACUGGAUCCUCAACGGGAUCAACUCGCUGGUCUUCCUCCUCCGCUUCCUCGCCCUUGCCAAGGUCAACCCGAGGUUCUCCCUCCUCUCGGAGACCAUGGAAAACAUGGCAUGGCAGCUGCUCAACUUCGCCAUCGUCUUCCUUGUCUUCCUCUUCUUCUUCAGCAUCGAGGCCAUGAUGAUGUUCGGAGAUAAAAUCCCCGGCUUCUCCUGGUUCGGCGUCUCCCUCAUCGAAGUGAUCGGGAUGGUAGUGGGAGGAGGAGGAAGCUCGACCAGCAGGAGGACAGGAGGAGGCGCUGCCCUGGUGGACGUCGUGGACUACGAUCACUUGCGUCAGGUGGGGAGAUAUGGUAGGGGAGAGACGGAGGGAGGAUCGAGAAGAUCAGUUUCACCAGCUGCUUGGGUUUAUUUCUAUCCGGUAAUCUUCAUGCUUUCAUUCAUCAUCAUCAACAUCAUCAUCGCCAUCAUCGGCGAGGCGUACGUACGAGUCAAGGACGCUCAGGAUCCGGACAACCCCAUCUACUCGGGCCCUCCCUCGGAGAGGAAGAACAAGUUUCCCAUCCCCUUCUCCACCCAAGUCUACCGCGGCCUCCGCCAUCGGCUCGGCUUCGGCAAGGAGGAGUAUGAGAUAUCCAAGGAGAGCAUCGUCGAAAUCUUCUCGAAGAUUCAAAACGUGGACAUGGAUUGUACCACCGUCGAGGAUCUUGUCUUCGCGCUCAACUCUCAGAGCCUCGGGCUCAACUUCGGUCACAUCGAAUGGCUCAUCAAGCGCUACCCCUGCAUAGUGCAUGACAUGGAAUCGCUGGAGGAGCUUCUGGAAAAGAGAUUGAUAGCACCCAGCAGCACGUUGAACGAGGUCAAAGAGAUCUCAGUGGCGGUGGAGAAUGUUGUUAGCAGACAGGCCUCCAUCCAUGCCAAGGUGGACGUUCUCAUCAGGAAGAUCAUGGCGUGA